AUGAACAUCUCUGGUUUUUCGACGAAGUGGAUAUUCAGCCAUACCUACGCAUCGGCCAGAAUCACUUUAAUGUUGCCAUAUGCUGGCCUUCUCAUUCGAAGUAUUGGGGAAGGGGCGAUAGACGUUGAUACCGGGAAUGCAUGGGAAACGGCUAUCGACUUGUCAACCCGGCUACCAAUUGAUAAUGAGGAGGACGCAUUUUUGCAUGUGUACGAGAUUGUUGAUACUACAAAGGAUGCUGAUAUCAAAUGGAAAAUCUCAGUCAAGUUGGGAGAAAGCUUUGCUAAGUUCUACGGGCACAAGUCUUCGCCUUCCCGCAGGCACUUCACAUCACGUGGAGUUGGAGGCGAAGCAUCACAUCACAGCUUUUUGGAUUUCAAAUUCGAAAGACCUGCAAAUUCGGGCAGCACCCUAAAAAUAACCUAUCCAGAGUGCUACGAGGACCAGCCAGAGCAGAUAUCAUGGGUUCGUCAGAAAGGCGAUCGACGAGAUACCACUAAAGCCUUGCUCGGUCCAGAAGAUAUAUAUCUUUUCAGUGGGAAGAAAUUAAGUGUAGAUUUGCCUCAACUCUAUGGGCGAACUGAAGAAGAGGAGAUAUUUACUCCAUUCCAUUUCAGGACUCUUCGCUUCAUUGCUCUAGACAUUCUAGUAGCAAAGGACUGCGAUUUGGUCAUUAAUGGCAUCGACAUAACAACAGCCAACUACUCCCUUGAAGUACUGGCAGACUUCAAAACCCCGAAUAUUGAUCAACCAACCGAAAAAUUAUGGACGACAAGUAUCCGAACCCUCGAAAAUUGCAUGCAUGAUUGCUAUGAAGACUGUCCAUUCUACGAACAGCUCCAAUACGCCAUGGACACUCGCAGUUCUGCUCUCUUUACGUACGUGCUCUCAGACGACGGUCGGCUAGCCCGUCAAGCCAUUAUACAAGUGCACAAUUCGUACAACACAAAUACUGGACUCACGGCUAGCCGGGCUCCAGCACAUAAACACCAAAUCAUUCCCAACUUCUCGCUCUAUUGGAUCUGCAUGGUUACCGAUUACUUCGAGUAUUUCGGAGACAGUACGUUCGUGCGACAGUUCAUGCCAGCUUGCGAUGGGGUUUUUGAAUCUUUUGCUCGUCGUGUUGAUUCGGAAGUGCAACUUGUGGGGAGUCUAGACGCUGCAGUAUCUGCUUCACAGUGGGAUUUUGUGGACUGGACGCCAAGGUGGAGACCGUUUGGGAUUCCACCAGCUGGCGAACGAACUGGAUAUUUGAGUUUCACUAAUAUGUUAUACGCGUAUACCUUAAAGAGGGCGGCGAAGCUUCUAGGAGGUAUUGAGCGACCUGCACUGGCUUCUGAGUAUCUUUCUCGGGCCGACUCGAUAGUGGAAGCUAUUCAAAAGCACUGCUUCGACGGCGACGUUUUCACAGAUGGGUUGGCGUCCAUGUCUAAACCAGACGAAGAUAUGAGCCAACACUCCCAAGUCUGGGCUGUAAUAUGCGGAGCGGCUGUUGGAGAGCAAGCCCAAAAUAUUCUUCGCACUAGCUUGUUCUCGCCUAAUUUCACAGCAACCUCGAUCUCGAUGUCCUUUUACACCCUUCGCGCUCUUUCUCUAGCAGGAGGGAAUUUGUACAACGAUUCUUUCCAUGCCUUCUGGAAUCCCUGUAGAGACCAAUUGGCUCAGGGCCUAACCACGUGGGUGGAAGAUGAUGUAACCCUUAGAUCAGAUUGUCAUGCUUGGGGAAGUGCGCCUAUCUAUGAGUUUUUGGUAGAGGUGGUUGGGAUCAGACCGAAGGAGGGAGAGUGGGGAGUCAUUGAGUUUAAACCGAGGGUUGGAUUAUUUGCAGAGUUAGAGGCAAGGGUUCCUUUUCGUGUUGGGCAAACGAAGGGCGUGGCGCUGGUGAAAUGGAAGAAAGAAGCGAGGUAG